GGAGAACGGAUAUAUAGUGAAUGCGGGGGUCCGGGGAGAGCAGAUAUAGUGAAUGUGGGGUCCGGGGAGGGAGAGCGGAUAUAUAGUGAAUGCGGGUCCGGGAGACCAGAUAUAGUGAAAUGCCGGGUCCGGGAGACCAGAUAUAGUGAAUGCGGGGUCCGGGGAGACCAGAUAUAGUGAAUGCGGGGUCCGGGGAGACCAGAUAUAGUGAAUGCAAUCCGGGGAGAGCGGAUAUAGUGAAUGCAGGGUCCGGGGACCAGAUAUAGUGAAUGCGGGUCCGGGAGAGCGGAUAUAGUGAAUCCGGGGAGAGUGGAUAUAGUGAAUGCAGGGUCCGGGGAGAGCAGGGUCGGGGAUAUAGUGAAUGCAGGGUCCGGGGGAGAGCGGAUAUAGUGAAUGCAGGGUCCGGGGAGAGCGGAUAUAGUGAAUGCAGGGUCUGGGG